AUGAAAUAUACAUUGUACAUUUCAACAGCAUUAGGAAGACAUCAUAUCAGCAUUAAACCAUUUACAUUAAUUAAUCGAAAUAAAUGUUUUCCACCAAAAUUGGUUAAAUUUGGUCUCACAGAUAUACCACAAUACCCUGGUGGAAAUUGGUAUUGGAAGCAUAAGCAUUGGUCAUUUUAUGCAAGUCGCGGUAAUCGACCAUAUAUGGAGGAUCGGAUGCAUUAUUUGAAUGACCCAUAUCAUAAUCUUGUCAUGUUUAGUAUUUUUGAUGGACAUGGUGGACCGUUUGUAUCACAAUAUUUGGAGGAACAUUUUUCGGGUGCAAUACGACAACGAUUAUUACGUGGUAGUUCAAAGUGUCAUCCAAGUUUAACAGGGCAUUCAAAUGAUCAUGUCAUUGAGGCAAUAAUAACAGAAGUACAUAAUAUCGACGAUGAAAUCGUAAGGUUACAUCCAUCACUGAGCUCACUUACAGGUUCCACGUUGAUUUCAGUAAUAUUGGAACUUAACCGUUUCUUAACUGUUAUAAAUAUUGGUGAUUCUCGUGCGGUUGCAUGUGAUAUAGCUGGUCGCGCUAUACCACUUUCAGCUGAUCAUAAGCCAUCUAAUGAAAAUGAGCGAAAACGUAUUGAAAAUGCAGGUGGCUUCAUUGAAUUUCGUGGUGUAGAACGACUACAAGGAAUUCUUUCUGUUUCAAGAGCAUUUGGUGAUACGGCAUUAAAGCAACUUUCUGUAUUAACGGCACAACCGGAUAUUGUCCGGAUUGAUCUGAAUGAAAUUAAUUUGCAAUUUAUUCUCGUUGCAUCGGAUGGUUUUUGGGAUGUGUUAACAAAUGAAGAAGCAAUACAUUCCGCACAAACAUUUCUACGUGUAUCAUCAAAUCAGUGGCAUAAAGUUGCGGAAUAUUUGGUACGAAAAGCACUGAAACUUGGUUCCGAUGAUAAUGUUUCAUUGCUAUUUAUUCGAUUAUUUUAA